UCCUGCUGAUAGAGCCACAGACGUCAGAUUAACAAACUUUAACUGAAGGAGAAACAUCAGAACCUCCAACCAACCGGUUCUGACUUCACCCACCAAGUUUUUACCUCAGAGGACUUGCUACUAAUAUAUUCUGGUAUUAGGCUUCCUGUGGAGGCCUCUUCAGUUUCAGAUCAUCGGUGGCACUUGGACUUCUUUUUUUCUUUGCGGGUAAUUUUUCAAAAACUUUGCAACCAUGUCGACGGCAAUGGAGGCAGUGGGGUUCUUCAUGAGCAUUGUUGGCUUUCUGAUCAACGGGGCGUCGCUGGCUAACGACUACUGGAAGAUCUCCACGGUGUCCGGCAGCGUCAUCAUCUCUCAGAGGCAGUUUGAGAACUUGUGGCACGCCUGUGCCGAGAACAGCGCCGGCAUCGCUGAGUGUCGGGACUUUGAGUCUAUGCUCUCCCUCCCCACCCAUGUGCAGGCAUGUCGCGCUCUGAUGAUCAUCGCCUUGCUGUUCUGCCUCGGCUGCAUGAUCGUCUCUCUGCUCGGACUCAAGUGCAUCAAGAUCGGCUCGACCGCAGACGAGACCAAGGCCAAGUUGGCCAUGGCAGGAGGAAUCUUGUGCAUACUGGGAGGUCUGUGCUGCAUCAUAGCUUGCUCCUGGUACGCAUUCCAGGUGGUCCAGGACUUCAACAACCCGUUCUACGGAGGAGUAAAGUUCGAGCUGGGUACAGGCCUCUACAUGGGGUGGGGUGGAGCCUCCCUGUGCAUUCUGGGUGGAGGUUUGCUCUGCAGCUCCUGUAAGAGAGCAUCACCUGGUGGCAAGAAAGGUUACCCAGGAAAGGUCUACACUGCUACAGCCCGGUCUGACCCAGAAUCAACCAAAGCUUACGUCUAAUCACACACACUUACACACAAAUAUGUACACUUUGAGGACUCUCUGUUGGCUCCUUCGUUUCUUAAAGGUUCAGCUGAAUUUUAAGCUGUGAGUUAAAGGAUAAAAUAACUUGAAGUUUUUUUCACAGCAGUUUUAUUUGAGGGGACAAGCUGAAUGUUCAGAGAUUACAGAGACACACAGUCUCCUAUGUUUGAAGACCACCUUCCACGAUGGUGAUGUUUUAGCUGUUUUCUGUCUUUUGUCUGAAUUAUUCUGAUCUUCAAUGUUGGUCUCAUUAGUACUGAAAAUUUGAUUAUUGAUGAUUUUAACCAACCUUUUUCACAUUUAUUUUUAUCUGAAUAAAGUUUGUUAACAAAACA